AUGAAACCAUUUGAUGUUGGUUAAUUUUUAUAUAGCAACUUAAAGAUAAUUAAUAGGUAUAAGCAUUCUUAAACAAGGAGGUCUGCUUGUAUGAUAAAAAGUAAGUAUAUAUUAAACUUAUCAAUACAUGCAGUUGAUUAUAGAAGGUUCUGGUAUUCUUAAUCUAUUAAAUGAUAAAUUUAGAUAAUGUCCAGUUAUAGUACCAAACCUUGAAAUGACAAACAAAAUUUUGAAUGCAAGAGGAAUUGAUGCUUAUAUUGAAGUUACACAAUUAUACAUAGUUGAAAGUCUAAUUGGAAGUUCAUAUUAAUACCCAGUUAAAACUUAAUCUUAUUUUAACAAUGUAAAUAUAUGACAAAAUAAUUAGAUUUUAUAUAUACCUAUUCACUAAAAUACAGAUUUGAAAUCAAUUUAUAGAAUUUGUAAAGAGGUUGUAGAAGUAGUUGA